CUGAAUUACAGAUUGCUGAAGCCAUUGCUCUUAUAGAUACCCUUCAGAACUGGACAGUUUUAGAUAAAAUAAUUGUUCCUACAAAAAAUCCUGACAAGAAGUUUAUUUUUGGGAAAGGCAACUUUCAGGUUUUGACAGAGAAGAUUAAGAAAAUGCCCCAUGUGACAGCUGUCUUCUUGAAUGUGGAAAGGAUAUCUUCACUUACAAAGAAAGAACUAGAAGAUGCCUGGGGCGUGAAAGUCUUUGACAGAUACACAGUUGUACUUCACAUUUUUCGUUGUAAUGCCCGGACCAAAGAAGCAAAACUUCAGAUAGCGUUGGCCGAAAUUCCACUUCUCAGGUCAAAUCUGAGAAAUGAGGUAUCUCACCUAGAUCAGCAGAGAGGUGGAUCAAGAUACAUCAUGGGCUCAGGCGAAACAUUCAUGGAGACACAGAAUCGUCUCUUGAAAGAAAAAGAACUUAAAAUUAGGAAUGCCCUGGAGAAACUAAGAAGAAAAAGGUCUUUACUUAGAACUCAGCGCAGGAAACGCGAAUUUCCAAUUAUCUCAGUAAUGGGCUAUACUAACUGUGGAAAAACUACCUUGAUCAAAGCCUUGACUGGUGAAGCAGAACUUCAGCCCAGAGAUCAGCUGUUUGCCACUCUUGAUAUUACAGCCCAUGCUGGCUAUCUGCCCUCGCAUAUGGCAGUUAUUUAUGUUGAUACUAUUGGGUUUCUGACUGAUCUUCCACAUAAUCUCGUUGAGUCCUUUUCAGCUACAUUAGAAGAAGUGGCUUACUCAGAUCUGCUAGUUCAUGUGAGGGAUAUUACUCAUCCAGAUACCAUCCUCCAGAAAGCAACUGUUCUGUCAGUUCUGAAGAAUCUUAAUCUUCCCAGCCACUUAUUGGACUCAAUGGUAGAAGUUCAUAACAAAGUGGAUUUGAUAGAAAGGUAUAAACCCACUGAAGAAAAUGCUUUAGCCAUUUCUGCUCUACAUGGACAUGGUUUAGAAGAGCUGAAAGAAGAAAUAGAGAAGAAAAUUUUGACAGCAACAGGGAAGAAGAUUCUGACAGUUACUGUCAACUUAGAGGGACCUCAGCUAAGUUGGCUCUAUAAAGAAGCAACAGUUCAGGAAGUAGAAGUCAUGCCUGAAGAUGGCACAGCCAGGGUGAAGGUGAUAAUUGGCAAUUCUGCUUUUGGGAGAUACAAAAACCUCUUUCCUAACAGUAAGAUUUUUGUGCCAUGAAAGUGCAUCCUUUUCUAGGAAAAGAAACUGAUCUCAUUAAGAGGAUGUGAAAUGAAGUUAAAGACCUGUUAACCUGGGUGUUGAAGAGUAUGUUGAGUUGAUGUUUUUGACACAUUUUAGCAAUGGAUAUUGUUUCAAAAAACUUCUGUUUGGAAACAAUAAGAGCUUUGAGUUUCAUUCUGUCAGCAAGUGCAAGGACAGCACUAAAUUUU